GGAGAAAAAUGACAGCGUUCAAGAGGUUAAAACUUCUUCUCUGGAAGAAUUUCAUCUUAAAGAAGCGGAAGACUCUGAUAACCCUUCUGGAGAUGUUGAUGCCGUUACUGUUUUCUGCAAUUGUAUUGUAUCUUCGUUUGAAUAGUAUGCCAAGAAACAAGCCAUCUACCAACUACCCGGCAGUUGAUGUCAGUUUACUGCCAGUAUACUUCUACAACUAUCCUCUGAAAAGUAAAUUUCAGUUGGCUUAUAUCCCUUCCCAAAGCGAAACCUUGAAAGCUGUUACCGAGGCGGUGGAGCAAACCUUUGCUGUUGACUUUGAAGUUUUAGGCUUUCCUUCAGUGCCUUUAUUUGAAAACUAUAUAAUUAAGGAUCCCAAGUCUUUCUACGUACUGGUGGGAAUUGUUUUUCACCAUUACUUCAAUAGCAGCAACGAACCUUUGCCGCUCGUGGUGAAGUAUGACUUGCGCUUUAGCUAUGUUCAGAGGAACUUUGUAUCACCGCCGAGGCAUUUAUUUUUUCAAGAGGAGAUAGAAGGCUGGUGCACAGCCUUUCUUUACCCUCCUAAUCUAAGCCAAGCACCCCGGGAAUUUUCAUACGCAGAUGGGGGAAACCCUGGAUACAACAAGGAAGGCUUCCUGGCCAUACAGCAUGCCGUAGACAAAGCCAUCAUGCAGCACCAUGCUCCCAAAGCAGCAUUGGACAUGUUCAAGAAUCUCCACGUCUUGGUGCAGAGAUUCCCAUUCGGGCCCCACAUCCAGGACCCGUUCCUGGUGAUCCUUCAGAACGAGUUCCCUCUGCUCCUUAUGCUGAGCUUCAUCUGUGUUGAGCUCAUAAUCACCAAUUCCAUUUUGUCGGAGAAGGAGAGGAAACAGAAGGAAUACAUGUGUAUGAUAGGAUCGGAGAGCUGGCUGCACUGGGUUGCUUGGUUCAUCACAUUCUUCGUUUCUGUCUUAAUUACAGUUUCUGUCAUGACCUUCCUUUUCUGCACAAAGAUAAACAGAGUGGCUGUGUUCAGGAACAGUAACCCUACCCUGAUAUUUAUUUUUCUAAUGUGUUUUGCCAUCGCCACAAUUUUCUUUGCAUUCAUGAUGAGCACAUUCUUCCAAAGAGCCCAUGUAGGAACUGUGAUAGGUGGCGUCGUCUUCUUCUUCACUUACCUUCCCUACAUGUACAUCACUUUCAGUUACCACCAGAGGACUUACACCCAAAAGAUACUCUCUUGCCUCUUCUCCAAUGUCGCCAUGGCAACGGGAGUCCGGUUCAUCUCUCUGUUUGAAGCAGAAGGCACAGGCAUCCAAUGGAGGAACAUCGGCAGUAUCUGGGGAGACUUCAGCUUCGCUCAGGUGCUGGUGAUGCUCUUGCUGGACUCCUCUCUGUACUGCCUGAUCACCUAUUUGGUGGAGUCUCUCUUCCCAAGAAAGUUUGGAAUACCUAAGUCUUGGUACAUCUUUGCCAAGAAGCCUGUUCCAGCAAUACCGCCACUUUUGAAUAUUGGGGAGCCUGAGAAAACUUCGAAAGGGGAGUUCAUGCAGGAUGAACCAAUGGAUCACAUUAACACAGUUGAAAUCCAACAUCUGUAUAAGGUGUUCUAUACGGGAAGGAGUAAACGCACAGCCAUCAAAGAUCUGAGCAUGAACCUGUACAAGGGGCAGAUCACUGUUCUUCUGGGACACAACGGAGCAGGGAAAACCACCGUCUGCUCGGUUCUGACAGGUCUCAUUACUCCUUCAAAAGGACAUGCAUAUGUCCAUGGAUGUGAAAUUUCAAAAGAGAUGGUUAAAAUUAGGAAGAGCCUGGGCUGGUGCCCACAACAUGACAUUUUAUUUGAUAACUUUACAGUAGCUGACCAUCUUUAUUUCUAUGGUCAGUUGAAAGGCCUGUCUCCUCGGGGCUGUCGUGAGAAAACAGAGGAGAUGCUGCACAUCCUCGGUCUGAAGGACAAGCAGAACUUGAGGUCCAAGUUCCUGAGUUGGGGCAUGAAGCGCAAACUCUCCAUUGGCAUCGCCCUCAUAGGGGGUUCUAAGGUACUCAUUCUGGACGAGCCCACCUCAGGCAUGGACUCUACCUCCAGGAGGGCCAUCUGGGACCUUCUUCAGCAGCAGAAGAGUGACCGCACCAUCCUGCUGACCACUCACUUCAUGGACGAAGCUGACCUGCUGGGAGACCGCAUCGCCAUCUUGGCCAAGGGGGAGCUCCAGUGUUGCGGGUCACCAUGGUUCCUCAAGCAGAAAUACGGUGCAGGAUACUAUAUGACUAUAAUAAAAACACCUCUCUGCGACGCCUCAAAGCUCUCCAAAAUUAUUUAUCACCACGUACCGAAUGCAAUUUUGGAGUCCAGCAUUGGAGAAGAAAUGAUAUUCACACUUCCUAAGAAGACCAUCCCCAGGUUUGAGGCUCUGUUCACUGACUUGGAACUGAGACAGAAAGAGCUGGGAAUCUCUACUUUUGCCACCUCUGUCACCACUAUGGAGGAAGUGUUCAUACGAGUUUAUAAGCUGGCUGAUCCCAGCAUGAGUGUUUUAACCGAGAAGCGACCCUCUCACCAUCCUCAUCCCCGGGAUCACAGAGUUCCUGUUGAUAGAAUUAAAUGUCUUCACUCAAGGAUCUUCUCAGUGUGCACUGACCGGCCAGUGAUACUAAACACAGGUUUCAGUCUCCUCUGUCAACAAUUCUAUGCCAUGCUCCUGAAAAAGGUGACAUAUUCUCGGCGCAACUGGACGCUGGUGCUGUCUGUGCAGAUUCUGCUGCCUCUGGUGAUUAUUAUGUUAAGCCUCACUUUUUUCAACUUCAAGUUAAGAAAACUGGAUAAUGUGCCCCUGGAGCUGACCUUACAAACGUACGGCCAGACCAUGGUUCCGUUUUUUGUGGCUGACAAUUCCCGCCUGGAUCCUCAACUCUCAGAUAAUUUUGUAAAAAUGCUUGAGGCUGCAGGACAGGUUCCUUUGCGUCUUGAAGGUUCUGUAGAGGACUUCCUACUGAAGAAGGCAAAGGAGGCUCCUGAGGACUUCGAUAAGCUCUAUGUGGUGGCGGCGUCUUUUGAAGAAUUGAAUAACGGCACGACAGUGAAGGUUCUGUUCAAUAACCAGGCGUACCACUCCCCUGGCCUGGCUCUAGCUCUGGUGGACAACUUUCUCUUCAAGUUGCUUUCUGGGCGCAAUGCCUCCAUCACCACCAUCAACCAUCCUCAGCCUCAGACAGCCAUGGAACUCUCGGAGACUAUCCUGUACCAGGGCCCCAAAGGACACUACCUUGUUGUCAACUUUCUUUUUGGAAUCGCUUUCCUGUCAAGCUCCUUCUCCAUCUUGACAGUCGGAGAGAGGAGCAUCAAGUCGAAGAACCUCCAGUUUGUGAGCGGCGUCAGCAUGGCUGCCUUCUGGCUCUCCGCUCUGCUGUGGGACCUCAUCUCCUUCCUCGUUCCCACUCUGCUGCUGGUGCUGGUGUUUUUAUGGUAUAAGGAGGAGGCCUUUGCACACCAUGAGAGCAUCCCAGCCGUGGUCUUGAUAAUGAUGCUCUACGGCUGGGCUAUCAUCCCUUUGGUGUACACAGUCAGCUUCUCUUUUAAAACUCCCGGCAGCGCGUGUGUGAAGCUUGUGGUAAUGCUCACCUUCCUGAGCAUCAGCCCUGUGGUCCUCGUCACCGUCACAAGUGAGAAAGACCUCGGCUACACGGAGCUCUCAGAUUCCCUGGAUCAUAUUUUCCUCAUACUUCCUGGACAUUGCCUGGGAAUGGCCUUCUCCAACUUGUACUACAACUUUGAGCUGAAAAAGUUUUGCGAUGCUAAGAACUUGAGUGAAAUUGACUGCAAUGAUGUUUUAGAAGGAUAUGUGGUCCAAGAGAACAUCUAUGCCUGGGAAUCUCUGGGGAUAGGAAAGUACCUGACAGCCCUGGCCAUCUUGGGGCUGGUAUACAUCACCCUGCUCUUCCUCACUGAAGCCAAUGCAUUCUGUGUCCUGAAAUCCAGGCUCUCUGGCUUCCUUCCUUCGUUCUGCAGGAAAAAAUCGGGAAUGACCUUUGAUGCAACAGAGUCUGAAGAUGAAGGUGUUCUAGAGGAGGCAGAAACCAUCAAGCGUUAUUUGGAAACAUUAAUAAAGAAAAACCCACUUGUUGUUAAAGAAGCAUCAAAGGUCUAUACCGAGAAGGUACCCCUGCUGGCUGUCAACAAGGUGUCCUUUGUCGUUAAAGAAAAAGAAUGCUUUGGCCUUCUUGGUCUCAAUGGAGCUGGGAAGACUUCCAUCUUCAACAUGCUGACAGGAGAGCAGCCCUUCACUUCAGGGGACGCCUUUGUCAAGGGCGUCAGCGUCAAGUCUGACAGAGCGAAGGUGCGGCAGUGGAUUGGGUACUGUCCUGAGUUUGAUGCCCUGCUAAACUUCAUGACAGGAAGAGAGAUGCUUGUCAUGUAUGCCCGUAUCCGGGGCAUCCCUGAGUGCCAUAUCAAAGCCUGUGUCGACCUGAUCCUUGAGAACUUACUCUUAUGUGUGUAUGCAGACAAGCUGGUGAAGACCUACAGCGGUGGCAACAAGCGCAUGCUGAGCACUGGCAUUGCCCUCGUGGGAGAGCCUGCAGUCAUCCUGCUGGAUGAGCCGUCUACCGGCAUGGACCCCGUGGCUCGGCGCUUGCUGUGGGACACCGUGGGACGGGUCCGGGAAUCGGGCAAGACCAUCGUCAUCACCUCCCACAGUAUGGAGGAGUGUGAAGCCUUAUGCACCCGGCUGGCCAUCAUGGUGCAGGGCCAGUUCAAGUGCCUGGGCAGCCCGCAGCGCCUCAAGAGCAAGUUCGGCGGCGGUUACUCCCUGCAGGCCAAGGUCUGGAGGAAAUGGCAGCGGCAGAUGCUGGAGAAGUUCAAGGCAUUCGUGAACCUGACCUUCCCAGGCAGCAUUUUGGAAGACGAGCACCAAAACGUGGUUCAGUACUACCUGCCUGGGCAAAACCUCAGCUGGGCGAAGGUGUUUGGCAUUAUGGAGGGAGCCAAGAAGGAUUACAUGUUGGAAGACUACUCCAUCAGCCAGCUCUCCCUGGAGGACAUCUUCCUCAGCUUCACCAGACCACAGUCCUCCACUAAAGAAAAAACCCAACAAGGGCAAGCUGCCCCGGCCAGACCCUUGUCGCCCUCUGGCUCUAGGCCUAUCUCGAGGCCUCCCUCACGUCCUUCUCAGCCUCCCAAACUACCUCCAUCUCUACCUCCCUCAGAGCCUGUCCUUCUGUAAUAAAGAGCUUAGUGCAGGGUAGCCUGGGUGCGCAUAGCCUGCUGUUAGUUACUCUGUCCGUCGCUGUGGCAAAUUCCCUAACAAAAGCAACUUGAUGGAAAGGGGUUUAUUUCGGCCCAUAGUUCAGUGAUACAGGCCACCGUGGCAAGGGGGACAAGAUGGCGGCUCUUAAAGCAGCUCCCUGAAGAAUAUCCGCAGGCAGGAAGGUGGUCAUAGUCACCACAGUCAGGAAGGUGACUGUAUCCAGUCAGGAAGCACAAAGCAAUGAAUGCCCUCACUCUGCUCACUUUCACCUUUUUAUACAGUCCAGUAUCCCACCUAAGGACAGAAACCACCCAUAGUGGGUGAAUCUCCACACCUCAUCCUAAUCAAGAGAAUCACCACAGGCAUAUCCAGAGGAUUCUAGAUCUCCCCAAGUUGACAACUGAGGCUAACCAUCAAAAUCCCACCCCUUGUCAACCUGACACCCAAGCACAUCAUUUAAAUCGUGACCUUCCACUCUUGGUCCUCAAAUCUCAUACUCAAGAUACAAGGCUACUUCAAAUGUCCCAUAGUCGCUAAUAAUUUCAAUGGCUGAAAAGGUCAAAGUUUAUAUCUCAUCUAAGACCCAAGGCAACCUCUUAACUAUUAAAUUCUAUAAAACCCAAAACAAGUUAUAUACUUGCAACAUAUAAUGGCAGAGAGUAAAUAUUCUCCUUCCAAAAUGGUAAGGAAUGAUCAGGCUAAUACUAUACCAAAUCCUUAGGUUAAAAACCAAAUCCUGUAGCUAGCUCCAUGCCAGCAUCUGGAGCGCCUGGUGUAAUUUUCUGGACACCAAAGGUUUUAGGUAGCCCCACCUCUCUGGAUCUGCUGGCUGUGUCGCGCAUAGCCUUGUCUGUUCUGGAUUUUUUGUUUCUUUGUUUAGACAUGGUUUUUCUGUGUAGCCCUGGCUGUCCCGGAACUUACUAUGUAGACCAGGGUGGCCUCGAACUCAGAGAUCUACCUGCCUGCUUUCAUGACUAAAAAAACAAGUCCUGUCUAGACAACACUGCCAAGCUCUGCUGUGGGCUCAAUACGUGGCCAGGCCCCCUGGGACCACAGCUGUAUCACAUUCUGCAUGCUGGCCUGGGGAGCCAGGAACACCUUCAAAUAAAUUUGGAUUUUGACAAGACAGAUAGGGAAUGAUCCCAAACAACUUUCUUACUAUCUCAGCACAGUGCAGGAGGUUUCUCUCUAAUGGCGCUGACAUCUUUAACAUCUAUAUCUGUGUUCUCUGAGCUAGCCUGAAAGCUCACCUGUCUUGAAAGUCUCUCUUCCUAAGAAACUAGUCCGUUACAUUUAAAUUCUAACUCACUCCAACUCUCAGGAUGUGGACAGAAUGAAUGAAACUAUAUUCUUAGGGUGAUGGUUUGCAUAUGCUGGGCCCAGGGAGUGGCAUCUAUUAGAAGGUGUGGCCCUGCUGGAGUAGGUGUGUCACUGUGGGGGUGAGCUUUAAUUCCCUCAUCCUAGCUGCCUGGAAGUUAGUAUUCCACUAGCAGUCUCCAGAUGAAGAUGUAGGACUCUCCUGCACCAUGCCGCCCUUGCUCGUCUUCAUGAUAAUGGGCUAAACCUCUGAAGCUGUAAACCAGCCCUAAUUAAAUAUCCUUCUAAGAGUGGCCUUGGUUAUGGUGUCUGUUCACAGCAGCAAAACCCUAACUUAGUGAAAAUAUCAUAUGAAUGGUCCCUAUUCCA